UUCUAUCGGUGGUGGUGCAGCGUCAAGGUCUGCUUCGAAGAGCAGCGUAUUACGACCACAAACGCGGAAUAAUGAUUCACCGAGACCUUUGGUGCAACAAUCUCUUCAUUGUGUCAUUGAACGUGGAAAAUCUUUUCAAGGUAAGAACGAUAUUUUUCCCUUUUAAUUUAUUAAUUAGUCGCAGUAAAAAUUAGAUAUGUUACUUAUUAUUUGUAUUUCUUGUGCUAAUUUAAUAGAAAACUAGUAAAAUUUUAAUGCUCGCUAUGAUUAAAAUAAAUGUAAAUUUUCUAUUGCAGUUGGUGGUUCUCGUAGUAUCGACAUAACGGAUGCGUUACUGUUCAUGGUCCUUAAAGACAAUCUCUGUCUUUCGACGCCAGAAAAAGUAGGUUUCAAAUAUUUCUGUAAAACUACAGUGCCACUAUGGACUCCACCUAGCAGAAGAACCCUUACUAGACAGAUGGAACAAAAUUAUGAGAGAUUGUCGCAACACGUCCGCGAAAAGUUCUCAAAACUUUCUGCUGUUGUCCUAACAAUGGACGGGUGGACUGAGCCCCACAAUACUAAAGCUUUCCUCGGUGUAACUGUGCACUAUGCAGUCGAUGACGAAAUGCAUUCGGCAGUAUUGGGAGUGGAGCCUAUGUCAAGCGCACACACACACGACAAUUUGGCGACUGCAUCCCUACAGUUUUGUAACCAUUGGGGUCUAAAACCGACGCAAGUUUCGCACGUUGUUACUGACAAUGCUCCGAAUAUUGUUCUUGCUGCGAAAGAAGCAUUCGGGGAAUCAAAACAUUUAGCAUGUUUUAAUCAUACACUAAAUUUAAUACCCUCAUCAGGGGUGGGUUUCAAAUCGGUAAACGGACAGCGUAUCCCAUACGUUCCAGGAAUACCAGCUCUAAUUAAAAAACUCAAAAACAUUGUGACUUUCUCACAUACCAGUUACAAGUUUGCGGAUGAAUUGAGAAAGGUGCAGUUAGACGGAGGAGCUACUGAGGGCACGCUACUUCGGUUGAUACAAGAUGUUACUACGCGUUGGAACUCAACAUAUUUGAUGUGCGAUCGUUUCCUGAAGAUGCAAAAAAUUGUAUCUGUGGCAGCCCUUAACUUUCCUGAUUUGGACAUGUUGACAGCUGCAGAACUGGCAACUUUAGCAUCUAUACAAGACCUUCUUUGGCCAUUUUAUGAUGCGACAGUCGAAAUGUCAGCGGAAAAGACCACGACGGCUAGCAAGGUUAUACCAUUGAUUUCGAUGAUAAAUAUAGAACUUUCCAAAGUUGAAAUACCUGACCGUGACAUCUGUGCACAAUCCUUGAAGAAGUUUCUAACAGGAGAAAUGGUACGACGAUUUGGGGAAGCCGAAUACAACAUGCUUCUCACAAUGGCGACACUAUUGGACCCUCGAUUUUUAAAGGUUCAUUUUCAAAAGGCUUUAGCGGUUUCGAAGGGGAUCAGUUUAAUGGAAAAAGUAAUAGUAAACGAAUUAAGAAAAGAAGCUCCCGAGUCCAACGCAGCUCAUGUUUCAUCAACAGCAAUUGUAACCAGAGAAUCAAAUUCGAAAAGAAAUUUAUGGAAUUUCCACGACACUUUGGUCAAUCAGGUUGCCACGGCAUACUCGACUGAUGACUACGUAAACGUUGCUCGACAGGAAAUCAAAGCUUUCUAUUCCAGAACAGUUAUGCCUCGAAAAACAAACCCCCUUGCCGUGUGUAAUAACGAAUUGCGAUCUAGAGCAACCAUAGGGGCGAUGAGAAUGGUUGUCCGAGUUAUGAACGGUUCGAUUUUGAGUUGACCUAGUGCUGCGAUCUUAUUAGCACUAUGAACCCUUCCCGUAUAUAUUAUAUAUUUUUUUUGUCAAAAUAUAUUGAAAAUAGUCGAUUUUCCCGAAAUUAAAAAAACAAGUCCGGUAUUGAUCGAUACUAUCGGAAGUAUCGAUACUUCUCGGUCGAUACAUCGAUACUCAGUAUCGAAUUAACUAAAAGUAUCGCGAUACCAAAGUAUCGAUACUUUUUGAAGUAUCGCCCAUCCCUAACUGAUAGUUUUAAACGUGACAUCGGCUUUUAUCACUUUCGUAUUGUUGAUGGAAGGACCGCCUUCAUGCAGAAUAACGAAAAAAUAUUUGCGGAUUCUUUUUGGUACGGCUUUCGCUAGCUGGCAGUGUUGCCACAUCCUCCAAUUUUCUGAAACAUUGCAGAAUUUUGGAUUAUGUUUCCGAAAGACUCUUUUUAAUAAAUCACAGGUUUUCGCUAAUUUCAACCUGCAAAUGUACUUUAAGUAGCUGCACAUAUUUGUAUUGUUUCGGAAGGAUAAAUUUAAACAAAUAACAGAUCGUUGCAAAUUUCAGAUUGUCGAUAUACGCGCAAACUACAAAUAACGAAUAUAAACUGCGCAAUUGGAUUAUCGCUGUCAAUGAUUGGAAAUAUUCCAAUUUGUUCUUUAUUGUUAUAGCCUUUAAAAGGACUUUUAAUUUAAUAAUAAUAACAUGCAGAAUGGAACAAUUAUUCAGCUUUAACUGAGGUUUGCCAACUCUUCCAGCCGCGCGCUAUUUACAUCGAAUCACCCCCAGCGGUAGCAGUGAUCAAAUGCAGCACUCAUCGCAGCGCAUUGUCAACAUGCAUGACUGCUACUGCUGUUCUUUACGGCCCGACGUUCGAAGGGAGAAUGAAGUCGCUCAAGGAAUGAAAUUCUUUAAAUAGUCGAGGAUGACGUCAUUCAUAGAAGCGUAGUGUGCUGGGUGCUCCAAUAUGUCGUACGAGUCGCUAUAGGCACGAUGUUACUUGUCUGGCAAAACAGCAACAACUGAUUCAAACAGUCACGCGGCACAUUUAUUUAUAACUUUUCGUGCUCGUUUGAAUCACUAAGCUGCUCAGUAUCGACGGCGCUG